AUGGAACCUUUUCCACCGGAUCGUUAUGAGAUCAUCACACCUCGCCUCAUCAUCCGACAUGCUGUGCCCAAAGAUGCCAUGGCAUUUAUCGGCUUGCUAGGCGAAGUCGAGAACCUUCCCAUGGGCGAGACAGAAGCAAUCAAAGGUCUGACUGUUGAUAACAUGACGGAAAGAAUAGCAAAGUGGAGGAAAAAUGCCUCGGACGGAAAGAACGCGGUUCUGGCCAUUGCACUUUGCCAGACAGACCAUGUCAUUGGUUACAUGGGAUUUAACUGUUUCCGUUCCAAACCAGAGGCCGAUAAGACAGAGCCGGAUCGCGAUAUGCCACUGUCAGGAGUUGAGGGUCGCUAUUUGACUGAUGUUGGGGUCGUGAUCAGUCACAAGGAGCGCCGCAAAGGCUAUUCGACAGAAGUCGUCUGUGCCGCCAUCGAGUUUGCGUUGUACACUCUUGGCUGUAUAGUUGUUAGAUUCGAGACUGGCAUUGAGAAUGCGCCAUGGCAAACACUGAUGAGCUCAUUUGGGUUCGACAAUCUGAAAUGCAAGGAGGUAUUGAGUUAUGGCGACAAUCCUACAGGUUGGAAGUGGGAAGUCAAUAGUACAGAAUGGUCAGAGGCCAGACAGAAGUUGGUGAAUGCAGGCAGCUGGCCGCUUUAA